CGAUCUACGUUCCUCCGCGUACGACGGCUGACUAGCAGUAGUGCCGCGAACGGCGAGCGUGCAUACGCUUUUAGUUCGCUUCAUCAGGUAGUGCACGUUUCUGUCGACGAUAUCACUCUCCCCUAGCCGGUACACUCUUGCAUCCGAAGCGCACAUCGAUCUCUCGUCCGAUCUCGUUCUUUAUCUGCAGCGCAGAACGAAGUCCGUUCGAACGCCAGUCGAAAUGGCCGAUUACGGCGACGCCGAGGAUGAGUUUGAAGACGCGCUAGAAGUGAUUCCUGCGCAUUGCAAAAUGGACUUGAACACAGCUUUAGCAGAUUCAAAAAUUGCUAUACAUUUGUUUUUUAAUAAUAAAUUUGACGAAGCUCAACUUAUACUUGAACCAUGGGUUGGAACGAGUAUGUAUCAUACCAUUGGGAGAUCAAUUUUUCAAUUUUUGGAAGCCGUACUCACCUUCGAACAGACGAGCAUACAGAGAGCCUCCGCAUCAUUGAAAUCCAGUAUCCGUUUGUGCAACUCUUACCGCAGAAAAACCACUCUAACACAGUCCAUCGGAAACAUAAUGAAAAAACCCAACUACGAUACGUAUACUCCGGAUGAACUGCAUGCGGAACUGUGUUUUGCCGAAGCGUUAUUGCUUAGAGCACUGUUGACGUUUAUCGAAGACGAGACGUUGGUUAGUUUCAUUCGAGCAGGCAUUAAGAUACGUUCUUGCUACAAUUCGUACAAAGAAUGUAAUGUCAUACUGAACUCUCGCACGUGGUCUGAAAGCGAAAAGUCUUACAAAGACCAUUUUGAGAGUGGAGUGCGUCUGGGAAUCGGGGCCUUCAACCUGAUGAUUUCUUUGCUGCCAUCAAAAAUAAUCAAGCUACUAGAGUUCAUCGGAUUUUCCGGAAGCAAAGAACAAGGUCUCAGCGAAUUACAAUCGUGUUAUCAAGUAACACUCGGUUUACGUCAUGUACUUUGUGUCCUAACUUUGUUAACCUACAAUUUGGUCGUAAUUUACGUAUUCAGUCAGGAAGAGGGUGACUUGGAAUUUUGUGACAUCGCACUACGACAACAACUGGCGUUGUAUCCAAACGGUGCUUGGUUCUUAUACCUCAAAGGACGAUUGGAAUUCAUGCGUGGUAACAUCGAAGAAGCACAUAAGUGGUAUAUAGCUUCGGUAGAUUCACAAAAUUCGUGGCCACAGUUUCAUCAUAUAUGCUACUGGGAAUUGUGUUGGGCCAAUUGUGUUGCUCUAAACUGGAAAACGGCUGAGGUGUACGCGACCAAGUUGUCGGAGCAGAGCAAAUGGUCACGCACUACUUACAACUAUCAGCGCGCGUGCAUCAUGCUCAUGCGAGGAUACAAUUGUCUGUCCAGGGACGAGCUCAAUACCGUCAACCAGUUAAUGGCUGAUGUGCCCAAGUACAAGCAGAGGAUCGCCGGUAAAUCGUUGCCCAUGGAGAAGUUUGCCGUGAAGAAAUCUCAAAGGUUUACCAAUCAAAACAACCGGCUGUUUUUGCCUGCCAUCGAACUUCUAUACCUAUGGAACUUAUUCAAUGUAUUUGGCAAGCGCAAAUCAUUGUACGACAACCUGUACAGGCUCAUUGACAAAAACACAAAAGACCUCGAGAGGAAUCCUGGACAAUAUGGCAGUGAAUACGAAUACGAUAACAAAGCACUUGGGUUCCUUCUGAAAGGCGUUUGCUUGCGUAUUAUGAACAGUCCUCUGCACGCCGAAGAAUGUCUCAAGUCUGUUGUGUCUAUGGAAAAAAGAAUCAAAGAGGAUCGUUAUCUGGUGCCAUACGCUCAUGUCGAGCUGGCGUUUUUGUAUAAAUCCAAAGGAAAUCUAGAAAAGGCGGCGCAUUACCUCGAAACAGCCAAAAAAAAUUACUCCGGUUAUUCGUUAGAAACAAGACUACAUUUUCAAAUUCAUUGGGCAUGGACCACUUUAAACGAGUACAAAGCGAAAAUUGCUAACAACAAAGAUCUCUCACCCGAAUCUAAAUUGGACGACAACCAAUGAAAUCAUUUAGUACAUGUUAAAAUUAUUUAUAUUAAUUAUUAUUAUUAUUACUAGGAAUGUGAAUGUUUGUUUUAGUUAUACUACAUUUUAUGAUUAUAUUUUGUAAAUCGUCAUUAUACUCGUUGUUAUUUAAUACGUUUAGGGUUAGCGUAUAAAACUUAUAUUAAUUAUAUUUUUAAACAUAUAUAAUAUAUAUGUAUGUUGCAAACUUA